UCUGUUUGGUUUCUUUUUUUGGGAGGUUCCUAUUUUCUUUCUUGAGAUUUCCCAAAAAAGAAAGAAAGAGAUCAGGUUCUUCAUCAAAAUUCAAUUUCUCUUUCCUUCUAAAAUUUCUAUCUUUCCAUAUCCUUUCUUAUUUAUACUCCAUUUCUAGGGUUCUUUCUUUCUAGUAGACUCUCCUCCAGGAAAAAAUAAAAAAAUCCCCCCCAUUUCUAGGUUUUUUUCCCCUCAAGAUUUCCCCCCUCCCCCCCAUUUUAUCUCAAAACAAAAAUUUCAAGAUUUAUUCAUAUAGGGUAAGGAGAGAUAUAUAGGUUUGAAGAGCAAAAAAAAAAAAAUGGUGAGAGGGAAAACACAAAUGAAGAGGAUAGAGAAUGCUACAAGCAGGCAAGUUACUUUUUCAAAGAGAAGAAAUGGGUUACUGAAGAAGGCUUUUGAGCUUUCAGUUCUUUGUGAUGCUGAAGUUGCACUUAUCAUUUUCUCUCCAAGAGGCAAACUUUAUGAGUUUUCCAAUUGCAGUAUGAACAAGACCAUUGAUCGAUAUCAAAACAGAACCAAAGAUUUGAUGUCGAGUAACAGCACAGCCACUGAAGAUGUGCAGUUGGAGAAGGAAUACGACUCCUUUAGCAUGACUAAGAAGUUAGAGCACCUUGAAGUUUGUAAAAGAAAACUAUUGGGAGAUGGGUUGGAUUUGUGUUCCAUUGAUGAGUUGCAGCAGCUUGAGAGGCAACUUGAAAGAAGCUUAAGCAAAAUUAGGUCAAGAAAGUAUCAAAUGCUGAAGGAUGAAAUUACGAAGCUGAAGGAAGAGGAGAAAAAAUUGCUGGAAGAAAAUGCAGCACUGCAGAUUAAGGUUAGAAGUGAAUCAUCAAAAAAACAAGACAGCAAUCAGAGAUCAGAAUCAUCAAACCAUGAAGAGAUAAUGGAUGUGGAAACUGAACUAUUCAUAGGACCACCUGAAAGAAGAAGCAAUAAUAACAAUACGAAUAAUAAUAAUAAUCCCUUCCUAUAGAGACUUAACCAACAAAACACCUCUUAGGUUCCAAAAUUUCCCAAGAAAGUAACAUUACCAAAAAAAGAAGAAGAAAAAAAGGUGAGUUUAAUUUGAUUUACAUGCAGCAUUUAUUUUUAACACUAAAAAAAGUGAAACCCAACAUAACCCUGCAAAAAAAAAAAAAAAAAAAAAGGAUUAUGAUAAAAUGUUUCAUUAUAUAUACUUUUUAUGAGGAAAAGAAAAGUAUAUAUAAUAUGAAACUUAAGUAAUUAAUUUACCUGUAUAUUUAGGAACAACUGUGUAUCUUUGUUUGGAUAUUGUCUUUUUCAUGUUUCUGAGGGCUUUUGCUUUGUGAUUUAA